GAAAAAAAAAAAAGAAGCUAAGACACAAGUGUGUUUGUUUUUCAGUGCUUCCUCUAUAGUCAGACAUGCACCUUAUCACAUAAACAUCUAAAAAGUAUGGUUUAUUUGAUGAGAUCAGAUCCUUCAGGACUCAGCUAAUGGGACAUGAUCAUAAAAAAAAGCCAGUUUUGAAUUCACAUCAAGAAACCAGUGAAGAUAUAAAGUGGGAAUGGAUAGGACCAUUAACUGUUUCAGUAAAAGGCCUGAGGCUGUAGCAAGGCUGAUCUGUUUUCCAUGGGCGGGUGGAGGCUCCAUCCACUAUGCCCACUGGGGGAGACUUCUUAACCAUUCCAUCGAAGUGUAUUCAGUCAGAUUGCCUGGAAGAGAAGUUCGAGGAAGAGAACCCUUCUUCCAGAACAUGUCGCAGAUCCUCGACGAGGCCCUCGGCGUGCUUUUACCGGCGCUUAAAGAGAAACCGUUUGCUAUCUUCGGACACAGUUUCGGUGCCAUGACAAGCUAUGCUUUCGCUGAAUAUGUGAAGAAGGUUUGCAAUCUUGAGCCGGUACACAUGUUUCUGUCUGGAGCAUCUGCACCUUAUUCUGAAACCCGAUUACAGGCCCCUCGCAGAAGCCACCUGUCUGAUGAAGAAUUCCUCCAGUGGAUGAUGUCCCUUGGAGGAACACCUCCUGAAAUCCUGGCCAAUCCAGAAGCACUAAAGCUCUUCCUUCCAGCCUUGAGAGCAGACCUCAAUGUUGUAGAAAACUAUAAGUGUAGCAGGCCGACAGCCCCUUUUCUGUCAUGUCCAGUAUCAUGCUUUGAUGGCAAGGAGGAUUUGCCACAUGACUUACAAGGAGGUUCCUACCAGAUUGCCACUGACAGGGAGCCCCAGGGAGUCCCUUUCACUCCUUCUAAGCAGCAGCAUUCAAAGCGAUGACCAGUGGAGAUUUUACAGUACAGAUGCUGCCUGGAUCACACUUCUACCUAAAAGAGACAACAAAUGAGAAAUUUAUACUGGACUACAUCACUAAACAUCUAGAGACCGCUGAGAUGGACUACUUGUAGUAUACUGUUGAAUAUAGUCACUGCUUCUGUCGAAGCACAGUUGAAGUUUAAAUGGAAAACAUGAAACACUGAUAUUCUUACUUUAAAUCUUCAAGAGACCCUGAGAUAUUCCUUUAUUUCUAUAUGAGCAUUAAUUAACCAAAUUUAUGAUAGAUUUGCCAAUGAAUUGUGGUGCUGCAGUUCCGAUCAUUUUAGAUAUAUUUGUUAGCUAACUUUCAAAAAUGAUAAUUUUGCGAAUGAAUGGAGAAUGUCAGUUUGGGAAACUGGUCCUAAAUCCAAAAGUUUGAUUGAUUUCUGACAUUAAAUUCUGUAAAUCUUUAGGCAAAAAGAAGCAUAACAAUAAAAAUAAAGUAGGUCUGUU